CUUCUCUUUUGACGGGCGACUCGAUGAUAUAUUAACUUACCAAAUACAUCGUUGAUGAUGGAGGGUCGCCAACAAACAACAGCAAAGAAAGAUCCCUACACUAGUCGUUUAUUGGACAAAGUGUUUCCGACAUCUACAGAUCUUUCAUCACAGGCAUGUGCUUCUUAUGGAACAAGGGAACUAUCUGGCCUGGAAACUCUUCAGACAUAUCUAGAUAAAAGUCUGAAGGAUGUGGUGUCCCAGCAGGGGGAGACUGAUAUGGGAGUGGAGGAGGGUGUGGCAGGCAAGGGAACAGAUACAUACACAAAUCCAGUAUCGGAUGGAGGACGGAUCAGUUAUGGGGAAGUGGAAUUUGACAUUGGAUCUAAUGUUGGAACCAUGCUGGUGGAUUCUGAUAGACUUGGGUUAACAAGUUACAGUAAUUUUAGCACUAUGAGAGCCAACUGUUGUGUAUACAAAGGUAAAUGGGUGUAUGAACUGAUGCUGGGAAGUAAAGGAGUGAUGCAGCUGGGUUGGUGUACUCUUUCCUGUAAAUUUUCCUAUGAAGAAGGAGUAGGAGACACCAUAAGGUCAUACGCCUACGAUGGAAGCAGAUUGAGGAAGUGGAAUGUUAAAACUCAUCGAUAUGGAGAGCAAUGGCUGACAGGGGAUGUGAUUACUUGUGCUCUGGACUGUGAUGCUGGAUCUGCUACAUUUUACAGGAAUGGAAAGUCUAUGGGAAUGGCCUUUACAGAUAUACAGGUAGGGAGUGGUCUGGCGUAUUUCCCUGCUGUCAGCCUGUCUCAGGGAGAGAAUCUGCAUGCCAACUUUGGAGCCACACCUCUUAGGUACCCUAUUGCGGGCUACAGACCACUCCAAGAUGUACCAUAUGCAAGUGUGGCUAAGGCACAACUCCUAUUCAGUUACCUAGAAAAUAUCCACACAGAGAUGACUGAGAGUUGUAGUAUUGAAAUGGAGUUUUUGGUGUCUGACAAGAAGAAUAACCCACCUCCAAAGCUAGGAGAGUUCCCAAGCAGCAAAUGCUCAGUUAUGCUCAUCGCUGCCCAUAUAUUUGAAAAAUUGGCACCAUUACUGAGAAGUGCCUAUGUGGUUGAAGACUGCCUAUUGCCGUUCCUGUUGAAGCUCUGUGACCAGACAUCCCACAAGCGGGAACAAGUUGCAGUUCAGAGGCUACUGGACCAGAUGUGGUCUCUGAUGCAGGACCAUGAACUGAAGUUAUGCUUUGAGAACUUGUUGAUUUCCUUGCUGCAGUGUUACCGAUUUUCGUCAGUGACAGAAAACUUUUGUUCCGCUAACAAAUACCUGAUGUUGACGCUGAGUAUCCUACAACAUGCCACUACACGUCGUUACUUACUCAUACAUGUCAUAUUUGAUAAAGUCAAGUUCCCUAUAUUUAUGCACAUUAAACCUCCUGAUGAUGUCGGCCUACAGGAACUCAUCCCCACAGUCUGGUGGGACAGCUACAACAAGGAUGAGGACAAGCCACGCCCACCUAGUACUGAGGAGGAAAAGCUUAGACAUGCCAACUACAUGCAGUCUUGUGAACGCCUGAAACAGAAGAUAGAAGCUAUAGAAGACAUACAGGUGGAGAUCCUCAAGGUGUUGCUCAUCCACAAGGAUAUCAAAGAGGGGCAGACAUCUCGUCAGAUCUUCAUGGAGAAGUUCCGUCUGUUCUUGCGAGAGAAUAGUGGUAUGGGUCGUACCCAUCAGGUGUCCUUCUGUCCGUUACCAGUGAUGUUGUGUUUUUUCCACCGUAUGGUGAGGGUAGUCCGACAUUACUGGGAUGUAUUUCAGGACGAGGAUCCGAAGCGAUUUGUAUUUAGUGAUGAGGCCUAUGUACCAAUCCAUGAGUUUUGGUCAGAGACAAGAAAUUACAUGGAGUUUCAGAGAUGUGGUGGUCUGGUGUCACACCUCAAUAGGAUACUGGGAGACAGUGUAAACAAAGCCCAGGGAUUAUCUGUACAGUCAGAUGGCAAAGUGGUGGCAUUGGACAAAAAAGAGGCAAAAGUUAGCAAGACAGGUGUAACAUACCCAGAACUACAGAUGCCAAGCGGUAACUCUCUCAUGGAACUGGUUGAUGGAAUAGUUUUGUUAUAUCACAUAGCUUCCCACAAACAACUCACAAAGAUGGGUACAUUACGAGACAACAUGAAGGAAUACGUCACUUCACUGGACGAUACAGAGACGAAGCUGAAGAAGUGUCCAGAACAGCUUUUGGAGGUGAAGGCCGAGCUUGAGCGGGCUAGAGGUGUAUUCUUGGAGAGAGUUCUUGAACAAGGGAGACAAAUUGGAUGGGUUAUUGCUGUUAUAUACUCAAAGAAUAAACAAGCUGACGUAGCAUGGCUGUUUGGUGUGGUGUUACGUACUAUAUCUCGGGCGUCCGAGUUCCACCUUCUAUUUCAGUACACACCCGAGUUCUACAUAGAGACUGCCAUCAACAUCUACAAUUGUCUGAAAAACUUCUUCCAUCCCACUAGUCCUUUUGACUUACUACCCAAUCACUUGGAUCUCACAAGAAAAUAUGCUUUAUUUCUCACCAGACACUUUGCAGAUUCCAGAAUUGUCAACACAGAUGUACGUGACAACGUUGUACAGGCAUUGGCCUGUUUCAUCUGCUACCCUCAGUCCCUCAAAGUCCUGGAAGAACUACCAGAAGAAAGCAAAGACAACAUGAUUAAGUCCUUGAUCAUGCCAUAUGAGAACAGAUCGUGGGCUCAAACAAACUGGAUCCUGGUUAGAAUCUGGAAGGGCUGUGGGUUUGGAUUCCGUUACACACACCUACCACACCUUGUUCCAUCCAGAGUCCAGCCAACAGAGUUUGGAUUUGCCAGUUUACAGAAGCCAUGCCCAUCCAAGGUUUUCCAAGAUCUGUUCCGCACCAUUUUACUUAGAGACAAGGAGGCUGCCAUUCGCUUUGUGGACACACUGCUUAACCAGCUGAACUGGUCAUUCUCAGAGUUCAUAGGGCUGAUGCAGGAGAUACAACAGCGAGUAGCACGAACAGACUUUCGUAUCCUAGAAAGUCGACAGCUGAAGAUUUGUGCUACUUGUUUUGAGAUAGCAGUCUAUCUGCUUAGGGUGCUUGAGAUGGUUGUAAAUGUGACCCCAGAGAUUUUCCUGGACUCUUCAGAAACCUCUUCAGACCUUCUUCUGGGACGUGUGUUUCAGGUGCUAUGUCAAGUUUUAAACCGAGUGACAACAAGAGAUGGAAUGUUUGACACAGUGGUAUCCAUGUACAUUCAAGGUCUGGAGAGUGUUUCUCAUUUCCCCAUUCUGGCAGCUACGAUAGGAAUACUGGACCAGCUUGUGAUCAAGUCAGGCAAGGAGAAGAUGCGUGCCACAAAGAGCCUGUUGACAGAUGCAGGGUUCCAAAUGUCAGCCCUAGAAUUCUUAUUAGGACCUCCUGAUCAACCCCAAACAACUGAUGUAGCCACUGACAAACACAAGUUUUUCUCCCUUCAGAAAUAUGAGGAGGUGAGUGAAGAGGAGAUGAAUAUGGUUCGUGAUUUCCUGGCUCAUGUCAAACAUCACCAAGACACAAUCUCCAGUAAAGAGGAGGUAAUUAAGGAGGAUGAACUCUGUACUAUAUGCUAUGCCUUCCCGCUGUCUGCCAAAUUUUCACCGUGUGGACAUUUAUCUUGCAGGAACUGUAUCAGCUAUCAGAUGAUGAGGAAGAAAGAGUGUUUUUUCUGUAAGGUGGUUAUUACCGAAGUGUGUGACUUAGACGGGAAAGUCAUCAUACAAAACAUGUCCACGGGUAGCAAUCACUGACCACAACAGUGUGUGACUUAGACGGGAAGGUCAUCAUACAAAACACGUCCACAGGUAGCAAUCACUGACCACAACAGUGUGUGACUUAGACAGGAAGGUCAUCAUACACAACACGUCCACAGGUAGCAAUCACUGACCACAACAGUGUGUGACUUAGAUGGGAAGGUCAUCAUACACAACACAACCACAGGUAGCAAUCACUGACCACAACAUUUUGUGACUUAGACGGGAAGGUCAUCAUACACAACACAACCACAGGUAGCAAUCACUGACCACAACAUUUUGUGACUUAGACGGGAAGGUCAUCAUACACAACACAACCACAGGUAGCAAUCACUGACCACAACAGUGUGUGAACAUGGCUGCUGAAAAAAAUCUCUCACCACAACAGUUUGUGACCAAGGAAAUUAAUUAUGAUCAACAAAUUGUCCAAAUGUUUAUGUUGGGGCAUUGGUGAUCAGUGUGUUCAAAGCCAAAGGGAUUAAUGACCAACCACAGGAAAUGCUUGUGAUCUGGAGUUUACAGUCAUUGAGAACACAGUGGAGGGCCUAAAGACUGACAACUCCUAAUGCUUGUAAUCUGGAGUUUACAGUCAUUGAGAAGACAGUUGAGGACUUAAUGACUGACCACUCAUAGCGGUUGUGAUAUUGAGUUGAUGGUUAGUAUGUUAGAAACACAGGUAAAAAUCAACGAAAACCUCAUGCUAUUUUUCACAUGCAUUGUACCAAGACUUGUAAAGAUACUCUAGUUUAUAACAGAGUUAGAGACCUCUCCCACUACUUGUGUCAAUCUGGAACAAGUAGUCCUCUAAUCUACAGAGUUUAAAGAUAUCAUCAUAUCUUUCACUUAUAUGUGGAAACACUGCCGUUUAUUAUCAACUGCUUAUAAAUACAUUAAUGGUUGUUAUUUAGAGAAAUUUUAUAUUUGAAUAGAAUGACAGAUUGUGUAUUGUUUUUAGGUGAACAGUAAAAUCUCAAUGUUCUCAAGACAUUUUGAUUUUUUUUAUCCUCUGUCUCUGUCUGACAUAACAAAAACACAUCUUCUCCUGAAAGAGGUGUUUAUGGGGAAGUACAGAAGAAGAUAUUUAUCUGGUGUCAUCAAAUAAAUUUUACCUUAUAUAUCUUUAGUUUUUCUAAAACGGUAAAACAUUAUUGUUGAAUGAUGAAAUCUUUUAUUUGAUCAUUUUAUUCCUGGAAAUCAAGUGCUGAAGAGGGGAUGAAAACCAUGCUAAUAACAUGGUUAUUUUCUUUGCUGUUAUAUAAUGCCUACCUUAACCACCAUGGUUAGCAUGUGAUGUCAGGAAAAUACUGGCUACAAUAUACUGCUCAACCAGAGAGAAUUUCUGAGCUCAUCUGGUUGAGCAGAAGCCUAGGUAUGUCAGGUGUUCAAACCAUAGUCAUGGCAUUUCAAUUAAUAAUGACCUCUGUUACAUGUCCCACUACUCAAGGUCUGGUUCACAGGUGCUCUCAUAUUUCAUUAUUGCUGUUUACUCUUUAAAAACCUGUUAUAUAUAUGUGUGUGUAAACAAAUGGUUUUACUAUAUUUAUCUCUCAUCUCUGUGUGACCUGUGAAACUUUACAGCCAACUGUCACCAGUAUUCUGUGUGUUACCUGUGAAAAUUUACAGUUAACUGUCACAAAUAUUCUGUGUGUUAUCCGUCAGGUUUAAGUCAACUUUCACCAGUAUUCUGUGUGUUACCUGUCAGGUUUAAGUCAACUGUCACCAGUAUUCUGUGUGUUACCUGUCAGGUUUAAGUCAACUGUCACCAGUAUUCUGUGUGUUACCUGUCAGGUUUAAGUCAACUGUCACCAGUAUUCUGUGUGUUACCUGUCAGGUUUAAGUCAACUGUCACCAGUAUUCUGUGUGUUACCUGUCAGAUUUAACAGUCAACUGUCACCAGUAUUCUGUGUGUUACCUGUCAGAUUUAACAGUCAACUGUCACCAGUAUUCUGUGUGUUACCUGUCAGAUUUAACAGUCAACUGUCACCAGUAUUCUGUGUGUUACCUGUCAGGUUUUACAGUCAACUGUCACCAGUAUUCUGUGUGUUACCUGUCAGGUUUAAGUCAACUGUCACCAGUAUUCUGUGUGUUACCUGUCAGGUUUAAGUCAACUGUCACCAGUAUUCUGUGUGUUAC